AUGGCGGCGCUGGGAAUGGUCGCGGAGGCAGCGAAUACGCGAUUGUUGCAAGAACAUAUCGACACGAUCCGUAAUCAGUUAACAAAGCUCCAAGAUCAAGAAGAUCGCUAUAAUACAGUAGCUGAGACGCUCAUGGAACUACCAAAGAAGCUCCAGCAUAAAAUAAUGGUGCCAUUGGGUAAACGGAUGAUGGUUCCGGGUCAAAUUGUGCGCUCGAACGAAGUGCUCGCGCAUUUGGGUGAUGAAUAUUUUGCAUGGCGCUCGACACAUGAAGCUGUUGAGAUUAUUGAGCGCAAGAAAAAAGGUUUAUACAAACAAAUUGAGACACAGGAGGAGACUUUGUGUGAGUUCAUUUCCAAGAAAACAGAAGUGGGCAGCGUUGCACAACUGCAAAAGAUGUACGAGGAUGAAAACAUUCGUGAGAUUCAAGAGACGGAAGAGGAGAGCGAAUUGGAAAGAGUGCCACGUGCUACGGAAGAAGAUAUUAAAGAGUUCUUUGAGGUAGAGGAAGAGGAGCGACUGAAGCAAGAACAGGCGUCGUGGAAUUGGGACGAUAUGAUGAAGCGAAUGGAAAGUCUCGAAGCGCAAGAGGCUGUUGGAGACAGUUUGAAUGGUGAGGAGGUUGUAAAGAAAGAGGACGAUCCGGAAGAAGCACAGGCUGCGAUGCUGAAGGCCAAGGGCAAUGACGCAUUUGCUCGACGACGUUUCCAGGCUGCAGCUCAGUAUUAUACGCAGGCAAUUGAGCUGGACCCGACCUCUUAUAUUCUGUAUGGCAACCGUGCUGCGGCAUACCAUCGCUUGAAGAAUUAUCAACUGGCACUUGAAGAUUCCGACGUCGCCAUCUCACUGCAUGAGCCAUGGGUCAAAGGACAUUACCGUAAAGCUUGCGCUCUAGCAGCGUUGGAGAAGUUUGAGGAAGCUGCUGAAGCAUACGAGCGGGCCAUCGAGUUGUGUCCCACCGAUGACAAACUAAAAGAGAAGGCAAAGCAAAUGCGCAACAAGGCGAACGCCAAGGCGAGUGGCAGUGAGCACGAGAGUGUUGCUUCAAAACCGAAAUUUAAGCCAGACGUAUCGAUCGCGGAGCCUGUAUCAGCGUCUUCGCCGCCACUGGCGCUAUCGGCAUCAGCAGCAUCCUCAUCUUCAUUCACCUCGGCACCGACAGCAUUUUCUGGCAGUGUUAAGGAGCGCGAGAUUAAGGAGAAGAUGCCAACGCCUGUGUCUACUACACCCGUGACGACCCCAGAGCCCCGGUACUCCCGUUUCAAUGGCACUAACUACACAGGCCAAAAAGUGACCUUAGAACCAGUGGGCGAAGCACAACCCGUGAAGAGAGUGUCUCGCUUUAAAGCUGCAAGAGCGGCACGAGAAUCCAGCUAA